AUGUCUACCCCGGAUGAUGCAGGUUUCCAUCGGUUUGAGUGGGUGAAAGCCCACAUGCCGGACAGCGACAAGCUUGCCCGUUCUUCCGCACCCUACUACAACAACCAGGACUCAGACCAAAAGUUGACCGACGCUUCGAUCAAUUUCCUCAAGGAAAGCAAGAUCACGCAUGUGAUCAGUCUGAACAGCCAAGCGAACAACAAAGAUAUCACGGACAGGCUGAUAAACAACGGCAUUGCGUACACCCCAUUGCCUGUGGAGGACUAUCAGACUCCCACUCUAGACGACCUCAGCACUGGAAAUAAAGAGUACCGAAAGCAUCGUAGUACUUUGGUUUGGUGUGGCUACGGUUAUGGACGGACGGGCACCAUGGUGACUGGUCUGCAGAUAUAUGCAGAAAAGGACAAGGCUCAACCUCAACAUAUCUCACAUGAUGAAUAUAAGGCAAAUCAUGUUGAAACUGAAGGCCAGACCAAGGUCCUGGACGAAUUGCAGGCACAAACUUCAUAG